UGUUUUUGUAGUUACAAGUUUCAGAAAUUCCCCUGUCUAUCUGAAUGGGAAGGGCAUCAUGGUUUUGUACAGUUCAGCCCUUCUACGAGCGUCGAAACUCCAAGGCUUGAUUCUUUGGCAGGACAUGGAGGGUGCUGAAAAAUGUGUGUGCAAUGCAAGGUCUUUACGCAAGUUUGAGACUUUCCUGCUGGGGAAGGACCUGGUUCUGAAAAUAUGGGUUGUCCUCUUAAGUAACAGCACUAAA